CGGGCCAAUCGCUCGAACUCAUCUUCUUUCCCGUACCAAAAGAGUAAAACCAUCCUAAAAAAAAUUGGAGUGAGAGAGAGAGAGAGGGGGGAAGAAGAAGAAGAGGAGACCGAACUCUAAAUCUAGGGUUCCCAAGUUGGCCGGAACUCCGAUCCCGCUCCGAGCCCCGGCGGCGAUGAGCUGAUGAGCAAUGGGCUGCGCCUUCGGCAAAGACGCGUCCCCUGCCCCCUCCUCCGCCUCCGUCAGGCGGAAGAAGGAGCGGACCGCGCGCCCCGUCGCCUCCGACCGCAAGUCCCAGGCCGCCCUCUCCAAGAUCGAGACCGCCGUCGUCGAUGCCCCUGCUGCCGCCGCCGCGGUCCGGGCGGAGAAGGCGGAGCGCCUGGCCGGGGAGCGGCCCCACGGGCGGCGGCGGCAGCGGGCCGAUCCUAGGCUUGGCAACCCCCCGGGGCAUAUACACGGCGAGCGGGUCGCCGCCGGGUGGCCUUCCUGGCUCUCCAUCGUCGCCGGAGAGGCUAUCAAGGGGUGGACGCCCCGCCGGGCCGAUACCUUCGAGAAGCUCGCGAAGAUUGGGCAAGGGACUUAUAGUAAUGUUUACAAGGCUAGAGACACAUUAUCGGGUAAAAUUGUGGCAUUGAAGAAGGUCCCUUUUUCACCAAAAAAAAAAAAAAAAAAAAAGGUCCGUUUCGAUAAUUUGGAGCCGGAGAGCGUGAAAUUUAUGGCCAGAGAGAUCAUCAUACUGCGACGGUUGGAUCACCCCAAUGUAGUGAAAUUGGAGGGUUUAGUGACCUCCAGGAUGUCUUGUAGUUUGUAUCUGGUUUUUGAAUACAUGGAGCAUGACUUGGCUGGUCUUGCUGCCAGCCCUGGAAUCAAGUUUACAGAACCUCAGGUAAAAUGUUUUAUGCAUCAGUUGCUCUCAGGGCUUGAGCACUGUCACAAUAGGGGUGUGCUGCACCGUGACAUUAAGGGAUCAAAUCUUCUAAUUGAUAAUGGUGGGAUGCUUAAGAUUGCAGACUUUGGGUUGGCGACCAUCUUUGAUCCCAACGACAAGCAUCCUAUGACUAGCCGGGUGGUCACACUUUGGUAUAGGCCCCCUGAGCUUCUGUUGGGUGCAAAUGAUUAUGGUGUGGGUGUAGACCUCUGGAGUGCAGGCUGCAUUCUUGCAGAAUUGCUGGCUGGGAAGCCUAUAAUGCCAGGGCGAACUGAGGUUCAGUCUCUGCAUAAGAUUUUCAAGCUGUGUGGCUCCCCCUCAGAAGAAUACUGGAAGAAGUCAAAGUUGCCCCAUGCUACAAUUUUUAAACCCCAACAGCCAUAUAAACGCUGCCUAAAAGAGACAUUUAAAGAUUUCCCACCAUCAUCAUUGCCAUUAAUUGAAACUCUUCUUACAAUUGACCCAGCUGAACGUCAAACUGCAUGCCACUGCUGCCUUAAGAAGUGAGGUAAGUUUUCUGUUUGUUAAACCUUCUUAAUCUUGUUACAUCUCUUUUGUACUCAUGCUUCACGUUUGGUCUUAUCCUAGGAUAUAUCGCUGGAAAAAAGUAUUAAAGUGUCUCAUUGUCACCUUACCAUCAUUUAUGUUGUAAUAAUGGAAUUUUACAUUCUGCAAAAAGGAUUGCUAUUUAACUUUUGAUAUAUACUUUUUGGCCCUUCUCAGUGCUAUCGGUAAACAUUCUACA